CAGCGCCAUAAUUUUCUCGGCACGAAACACAAGAAUGCAGUGGGAGAGCAACGAUGGAGGGUACAUGGAAGGUAGCGGCGGCUACAUGGAGUCCCAGAAUACCCCACAGAAGCAAGGUGGCGGGAAUUCCCGGGAGAACCAAACACUCACCCCUCUGACUGUGCGCCAAUUGGUAACGGCGGUCGCGAGUGGCGACGACAACCCCCUUGUGGACGGCAAGGAACUGAACAACGUCCACCUCGUGGGCCUCUUGACGGAAGUGGUGCACAACUCGACCACCAUCACAUUCGUGAUCAACGACGGCACGGCCACGUUUGCGUCGCGAUAUUUCUUACAAGGCGAAGACGAUCCGUAUCAGCAGCAACUGCUAGAGACGUUGCAGGACGGGAUUUACGUGUCUGCUGUCGGCAACCUGCGGUCGUUCGGUGGCAAGACAAGCUUAUCCUGUCAUACGGUGACCCCUGUUGAGAACUUUAACCAGAUCACGCACCACUUCCUCGACUGUAUCUACACACACCUCCGCAACACCAAGGGUCCUCUUGGUGGUGGAGGAGGUGCAGCGGCGGGAACGCAAGGCUUCACCGACACCUCGAGUCAUUUCGGUGGUGGGUUCAACGCGUUUGGCGGGCAAGCGGCGUCCACAGGCGGUCAGCAAAACUACAACUUUGGCGCGUCGGACUCUGGGUUCUCAGACCCCGCGCAGCAGGCGAUUCUCGAUAUCCUGGGCGCGAGUUCGCUGGACAUGGGUCUGUCGGUGGACCAGAUCAAGCAGAACCUCCACGGGCGCGUCACCGACGCCCAACUUCGCGACGCGUUGAACUACCUCACGAACGAAGGGCACAUUUACUCGACCAUUGACGAAAACCAUUUCAAACGCACCGCGUAAUACUAUUACACGAAUGCCAUUUAAAAAGAAAAAAGAAAAAUCGAAUUUUGUUUUUCCA